AUGUCGUGGCGCAACCAGGGCAUCACCGGCUCCAACAACAUCCCUUUGGGAACUCGCCGUCGUUUCGGAGGUGAGAAUGAUGAUGGCGGUUAUAAUCCCGCAGCUCCCGCCGAGGGUCUAUCUGAGCUGAAGCGCGGCCGCAGCCCAGAGCGCACCUCCUCCACCGACGGUCCGCGACAGCGCAAGAAGCGCAACCGAUGGGGCGAUGUCAAAGACAACAAGGCUGCUGGACUGAUGGGCUUGCCUACUCACAUUCAGGCUCCUAUGACCACUGAGCAGCUCGACGCGUAUACUUUGUAUCUGCGCAUCGAGGAGAUUAGCCAGAAGCUCAAGAUCAACGAUGUCGUUCCCGCAGACGGCGAUCGAUCCCCGUCGCCCCCGCCGCAGUACGAUAACUUUGGACGUCGUGUCAACACGCGCGAGUUCCGCUAUCGAAAGCGCCUCGAAGAUGAGCGUCACAAGCUUGUCGAAAAGGCCAUGAAGACGCUUCCUAACUACCACCCACCUGCCGACUACAGGCGCCCUACUAAGACACAGGAGAAGGUGUAUGUUCCGGUCAAUGACUAUCCGGAGAUUAACUUUAUUGGACUACUCAUUGGCCCCCGUGGAAAUACACUCAAGAAGAUGGAGACAGAAUCUCAGGCCAAGAUUGCGAUUCGAGGCAAGGGCUCCGUCAAGGAGGGUAAGGGACGUUCUGACGCGGCCCAUACCAGCAAUCAGGAGGAGGAUCUUCACUGCUUGAUCAUGGCAGACACUGAAGAGAAAGUCAACAAGGCCAAGAAGCUUAUCCACAACGUCAUUGAGACGGCUGCCUCCAUCCCCGAAGGCCAGAACGAACUCAAGCGCAACCAGCUCCGUGAGCUCGCCGCCCUGAACGGUACCCUUCGCGACGACGAAAACCAGGCCUGCCAGAACUGUGGUGAGAUUGGUCAUCGCAAGUACGACUGUCCUCAGAAGCAGAACUUCACGGCCAGCAUCAUCUGUCGUGUCUGUGGUCAAGCUGGUCAUAUGGCUCGCGAUUGCCCCGAGCGCAAGGUUGGUCAGCCGUGGCGCAACGACAACCGUCUCGGCGAUCGUGGCCAGGCAGGUCAAGGCCGUAUCGGCGGUGCUCCCGAGAACGAGCUCGACGCUUUCAUGGCCGAAAUGGGCGGUGCCCCUGGAGCACCCCGUGCCGCGAUCGAGUACAACGACAAUGGUGGUGCGGGCGGAGACAAUUACGGAGGUGGCGAGCGCACUGUCAAGCCUUGGGAGCGUGGCCCUAGUGGCGGUGCUGCACCCUGGGCGCGUAACGACGACGAUCGUGGUCGUGGCGACAGCAACUCGACCGCUCCUCCUCCUUGGGCUGGCGGUGGUGGCGGACGUGGCGCGCAGUCGUACGACCAGGGCUAUGGUGCUGGCAACGGCGCCGCGCCUUGGGCUGCCGCUGCUCCCGCUGCUGCUGGUUACGGUUACGGCGGAUAUGGGUACGACCAGUCUGCCAGUGCGGGCGCUCCCGGUGCUUACGCUGGUGCUCCUGGCUAUGGCGCUCCUCCUCCCGGCCCUCCUCCAGGUCUUGGUCCUCUCUUCCAGUCCUAUGGCGCUGCUGGUAGCCCCCCGCCGCCGUCUGGUUCUGUUCCUCCUCCGCCUCCCCCGGGUGAUGCCCCUCCUCCCCCGCCGAGCGACGUGCCACCCCCACCCCCUCCUCCGGCUUAG